CAUAAACCCUCCCUCCUCUUACCAAAAACCCUCUCAAGCCACCGCUCAGCUCAAUCCAUGGACACACUCUGAAGUCCUCCUCGCUAUCAUCAGCGCCCGCAACAAUGUCUGCCUCCAAGCUCUUCCUCUUCGGGACCGCCCUCUUCCGCGCCCACGCUCCCCUCCCUCGCCACUCCCUCCGCUUCCGCGGCUACUGUUCCGCCUCCGCCGCCGGCGAAGCCAUCGCCUCCGAGGCCCCGCAGGCGCCACUCCUCCUCCACCACCCCUGGCCCGAGUGGGUGAGCUUCGUCGACCGCCUCAAGGCCAAAGGUUACCUCGCCGGGCGGUCACCUCCGCGCGAAGGGAGCGAAGAGGUUUCAGUAGGAAAAGAGCUAGGCGAUGUCAUCGAAGGUUACCUCGCCGAGCGGUCACCUCCGCCCGCAGGGAGCGAAGAGGUUUCAGUUGGAAAAGAGUUCGGCGAUGUCAUCGAAGGAGACGGCGAGCUUUACAAGCAAUUAGGGUUGUUGAAGGAUCCUUGCCUCAGCUUCGCGCGGGACAGAUAUGACAUUUUCAAAUCGCUGUCUUUACAACACAUUCAAACAGUGGUGGAGCAUGGAUGCCCCAAUCUUCUCCGCAAGGCUGUCAACUCGGGGAAAAGGCUGAGAGUCUAUGUGCGACUCGAUGAAGGGGAUGUCUGCAGUGCGUGCAAUCUGCGAGGCUCUUGUGACAAAGCUUACGUGAUACUCAAGGAAUCUGAAGCUGCUGCUCGCACAGUAGAUAUUGUCCGGAUAUUGUUAUUCUAUGCAACAGAUCCACUUGUUUUUUCAGGUGGUCAGAAACCUCCUGGGAGAGACCUCGUUGAAUCAUCUGCCAGGGAAUUGCUUGCUCAGUUAGUUGAACUGAGUGAGACACCCCCUGAUCCAGAACUCCCAAAACCUGCUACAAAAGCUCGGCCUGCAGAAAAGCGAUCAAUUGGUUUUUUUAAUGAUAAUUUGUCGCAAGAUGUGGAAAUGAAGAGGGGUGACUGGAUGUGUCCCAAAUGCAAUUUCUUGAACUUUGCUAAAAAUAUUCGAUGCCUAAAAUGUAAGGAAGAUGGCCCCAAACAAGUUGCCUUGAGUAAUGUCGAGAUUAAGCAAGGAGACUGGAUCUGCCCAGAAUGUAAUUAUGUCAAUUUUUCUAGAAAUGUAAAUUGCCUAAAGUGCAAAACUCAGGGUCCAGAGAAGGUCGGUGUCGAUGAGGUGGAAAUGAAGAAGGGGGACUGGAAUUGCCCACAGUGCCGUUUCAUGAACUUUGCUAGCAAAAGGAAAUGCUUGCGCUGUCAGGGGCCUCGUCCCAAAAGAAAGUUAAAUUAUGGAGAAUGGGAAUGUCCUUCGUGUGACUACUUGAAUUACAGAAGGAACACGUCGUGCCUAAAGUGCAACCACGAGCGGCCCCAAGAAACGAGGACAGAGUACGACGAGCAAAUAUGGAGGAGCCCUCGUUAAGCGAAGUCUCAAUAAGGCAGCCAGAAAAAUUCCAUGGCGUGAUCUCGAGCAAGCUACUUCCAUUUGCUUACAGUCCGUUUAUUCGGCAUGGAGAAAGAGCAUAAGUUUGCAAUUCCAUUCUGUUCUGUAAAUUUAUAAAUUUCCCAAGUUUUGCGAGUAAAAUGGAAGAAGAGGAUAUGAUUAUAAGCUGAGAAAUGGGAUCUCAUACGAUGUAUGGCCUGCCAAGCAUUACGUUCUGGUAAAAGAGGUUGGUGGUAGCUACUGCGUUUUUCGGCCUGAUGUUCGGAGGCGUGUAGACUGAUCAUUUUGGCAGGCCCGUAUUAGCUAAUGAGUAAUGGUAGCUCUGUCAGAAUAGUCUAUGAAAUUAGUAUAUUAAGCACUGU